AGAGCAGCCUCCCCUCCAAGAUUUAUUGUAUGGUGGGCAACCACACUCAGCCCUCUCCCAUCUGGCCGCUCUGAGGGGGCUUCUCACUGAAAGCAAAGAGCCUCGCCGGCUGACGGAUGUCUUUUGUGUGCACAUCCCAGUUUGGGCUGCACCGGAGACAAUAGCCUUCUGAUUCGGAGGGGUUUGGGAAGCGGCUGGCUUGACACCGGGGGCCUUAUUUUUAUUUUUUAACUUCCUGGAGUAAAGCAGAGCUUUCUAAAUGCCAGCGAAGCCUCUGGAUUGUGAAGACAGGAGUCGGAGCAACCGGGCAUUGCUGGAGAUAUUCCUGAAGAGACGGCAGCACAUGGAAAGGCCUCCCUACGAUAUUUCAAGGCUUUCGUUCCAAUCAGAAUAUGACAGACACCUAGCAUCCGGCAAGGCUAUGGCUGCGGCUUACCUGGACCCAAACCUAAACCACACUCCGAGCACAAACGCCAAGUCCCGCCUAAGCACAGGCAUGGAGCGCUCUCCAGGAGCCAUCGAAAGAGUCUUAAGGGUCUUCCACUACUUUGAAAGCAACAAUGAACCAACGACAUGGUCUAGCAAUAUCCGACACGGGGACGCAACAGAUGUCAGGGGAAUCAUCCAGAAGAUUGUUGACAGUCACAAAGUAAAGAACGUGGCUUCCUUCGGGCUCAGGCUCAGUCACUUGCACUCAGAGGAGGUUCACUGGUUGCACCCGGACAUGGGGGUGUCACAUGUUAGAGAGAAAUAUGAACAGUCCCAUCCGCCGGAAGAAUGGAAGUACGAGCUUAGAAUUCGAUAUCUGCCGAAAGGAUUUCUGAAUCAGUUCACAGAAGACAAACCCACCCUGAAUUUCUUUUAUCAGCAGGUAAAAAAUGAUUAUAUGUCAGAAAUAGCCGACCAAGUGGACCAAGAGAUUGCCUUGAAAUUGGGCUGUCUGGAAAUUAGGAGAUCCUACGGGGAGAUGAGGGGCAAUGCCCUUGAAAAGAAAUCCAACUAUGAAGUUUUAGAGAAAGACGUGGGCCUGAAGAGGUUUUUUCCAAAGAGUUUACUGGAUUCGGUGAAGGCAAAAACCCUAAGAAAGUUGAUUCAACAGACUUUUCGGCAGUUUGCCAACUUGAACCGAGAAGAAAGUAUUUUGAAAUUCUUUGAAAUUCUCUCUCCGGUGUACAGAUACGACAAGGAAUGCUUCAAGUGCGCCCUCGGAUCCAGUUGGAUUAUAUCCGUGGAGUUGGCUAUUGGCCCAGAAGAAGGGAUUAGUUACCUCACAGACAAGGGCUCUAAUCCCACCCAUCUGGCAGACUUUACUCAGGUCCAAACAAUCCAGUAUUCCAGCAGUGAAGAGAAGGACAGAAAGGGGAUGUUGCAGUUGAAAAUUGCUGGAGCCCCAGAGCCUCUGACUGUGACAGCCCCGUCCCUCACCAUCGCUGAGAACAUGGCGGACUUGAUAGAUGGAUACUGUCGCCUCGUCAGCGGAGCCUCGGAAUCUUUUAUCAUCCGGCCACAAAAAGAAGGCGAGAGAGCGCUUCCAUCCAUACCAAAGCUGGCCAACAGCGAGAAGCAUGGGGUCCGGGCGCACGCAGUCUCCGUAUCAGAUGAAUUUAGUGGGGACGAGACUGACGACUAUGCAGAAAUUAUAGAUGAAGAGGACACAUACACUAUGCCUUCCACAGAAGUAGUGUCUUUCUUUAUGACAGGAAUUCUAGAGAGCUAUGGAUUAGACGAAGCUGGCGAUUAUGAGAUCCAGAGAGAGCGCAUUGAGCUGGGACGCUGCAUUGGUGAAGGGCAGUUUGGAGAUGUUCACCAAGGGGUUUACAUGAGUCCGGAGAAUCCGGCCAUGGCUGUCGCAAUCAAAACGUGUAAGAACUGCACAUCGGACAGUGUGAGAGAAAAGUUCUUACAAGAGGCCUUAACUAUGCGCCAGUUUGACCACCCGCACAUUGUGAAGUUAAUUGGAGUCAUUACGGAGAACCCAGUCUGGAUUAUCAUGGAACUGUGCACCCUGGGAGAGCUGAGAUCAUUUUUACAAGUCAGAAAAUACAGUCUGGAUCUGGCAUCCUUGAUCCUCUACGCUUACCAGCUCAGCACGGCGCUCGCCUACUUGGAAAGCAAACGAUUUGUACAUAGAGAUAUUGCUGCUAGAAAUGUACUGGUCUCGUCCUCGGACUGUGUAAAAUUAGGGGACUUUGGCCUCUCCAGAUAUAUGGAGGACAGUACUUACUAUAAAGCUUCCAAAGGCAAAUUGCCCAUUAAAUGGAUGGCGCCGGAGUCCAUUAACUUUAGACGUUUUACCUCUGCCAGUGACGUGUGGAUGUUUGGUGUGUGCAUGUGGGAAAUAUUAAUGUAUGGAAUCAAGCCUUUCCAAGGGGUAAAGAACAACGAUGUGAUUGGUCGAAUUGAGAAUGGUGAACGCUUGCCGAUGCCCCCCAACUGCCCCCCCACGCUGUACAGCCUUAUGACGAAGUGCUGGGCCUACGACCCAAGUAGGAGGCCGCGAUUUACUGAACUCAAAGCACAACUCAGUACUAUACUGGAAGAGGAGAAGUUGCAGCAGGAGGAGCGGAUGAGGAUGGAAUCCCGCCGACAGGUGACGGUUUCCUGGGAUUCGGGAGGAUCCGACGAGGCCCCCCCAAAGCCCAGCAGGCCGGGAUACCCCAGCCCGAGGUCCAGCGAAGGUUUUUUCCCAAGUCCUCAACACAUGGUGCAGCCCAAUCACUACCAGGUUUCUGGCUUUUCCAUUUCCCAUGGGAUUCCCUCCAUGUCAGGAAACCUGUAUCCAGGUCAGGCAUCCGUUAUAGAUCACAUGGAUUCCUGGAACCACCGGACACCUGAUAUAAACAUGUGGCAGCCCGGCAUGGAGGACUCUGGGCCCAUGGACCUGAGGAGUAUGGCCCAGGUUCUGCCGACCCAUUUAAUGGAGGAAAGGCUAAUAAGGCAGCAGCAAGAGAUGGAGGAAGAUCAACGCUGGCUGGAGAAGGAGGAGAGAUUUUUGAAGCCAGAUGUGCGGCUCUCCAGGGGCAGCGUUGACCACGUGGAUGGAAACCUUCAGUGCCCAGCUGGGAACCAGCACAUAUACCAACCUGUUGGAAAGCCGGAUCACUCGGCUCCACCAAAGAAACCUCCGCGCCCUGGGGCCCCCAGCCACCUGGGGAACCUUCCUGCACACAACAGCCCGGUGGACAGCUACAAUGAAGGCGUCAAGCCAUGGCGGAUCCAGCCCCAGGAGAUCAGCCCCCCGCCGACUGCCAACCUGGACCGAACCAACGACAAAGUCUACGAGAAUGUGACCGGUCUGGUUAAAGCUGUGAUAGAAAUGUCGAGCAGGAUCCAGCCGGCGCCCCCCGAGGAAUAUGUUCCCAUGGUCAAGGGGGUGGGCCUGGCGCUGCGGACGUUAUUGGCGACAGUAGAUGAAACCAUUCCUGUUCUUCCGGCCAGCACUCACAGAGAGAUCGAGAUGGCGCAGAAGCUGCUGAAUUCGGACCUGGCGGAGCUGAUCAAUAAGAUGAAGUUGGCGCAGCAGUACGUGAUGACCAGCCUGCAGCAGGAGUACAAGAAGCAGAUGCUGACGGCGGCGCACGCUUUGGCCGUAGACGCCAAGAACUUGCUCGAUGUCAUAGACCAAGCGCGACUGAGAAUGAUCAGCCACUCGCGGCCGCAUUAGAGCCACCGGAACCCCUGUCCUGUUUCUCUCAGCAAGUUUCCCUUUGGGAUUCCAUCAAAGCCUUCCACCAGCAACGCUCUGCUUCUCCUGCGCUGCCCGGGCCACGACUUGCAGUUUUACCCCCCUUUCUUCCUCUUAUAACUAUGGCUGAAAUACGGGGCGCCCGGGGCGGAGUUACCGGCAACAUCCCCAUAGCAACUGAGAAAGCCAGCCUGCCCGGCCCAGUAGCCCAGGGCGGCCAAUGCAACAUGGAGGACAGAGGCUGCCCGUAGCGCGCAGAGGGUCGGAGCGGCGCAGAGAUUUACGGUUACCCGGGAAACCCAGGAAGCGGCCGCUGGAACUUUUUUUUUUCUAUUCAUGUAACUCAGCGGUUGCCGGAUCUACACAGCGCUGAGCAGCGAUUCCUUAUCAGACCUUUUACCCUCUUGUUUCCGUGCGGAUGGAUACAAGCAUUUCAUUGGACGUCAGCAGCCGCUAGUUCUUGUUUUUAUUUUCACCCAAAUAAAGUUAUUUUUUUGUAAAUGUGCCGUUAGCAACGUCCGCGCCUGCACAGACUCCACCCCCCCAGCCAUUCACUGUUUUUAAUUAAUUUAUAAAGAAGUCUCACGUUCCCGCGCAACGUUUUUACUCGCUUAGUUCACCCGCGCCUAAUGCCAGGCGACUCCACCCCCUUCCGCUGUUUUUUUAUCUGCAUCGUUGGUAUCCGAAUAAAUUAUCUUUUUGUUCUCUGUUCAACAUGAACCCCUGUUGCUUCGCCAGGGGGCGCUAUAACUUAUUCUCAGGAAGAAUAGAAUGGACUUGUAUAUAUACAGUACUUACCUAUUAAAGAGGUGUGACCUGCGA